CAGCUGCGAUCGAGUGCCUGGCCCAUGACGCUGUGCCUCUUCCUCCUCCCGAUCAGUUCACCGUGAAAACAGUGACCCUCCACCCAGACAAUUUCCACCAGAGCUCUCCCACGCGUCAUUACCCUCCCUCGAUCUCUCCCACCAUGUUCUCUACUGAGACGCAAAUUGGAAACAUGUCGACUACUGUCCUCGUAACUGGUGCCACCGGCCUUCUCGGUCGGCAGGUCUUCAACACCUUCAAGCACUCCGGCUGUCUUGUUGUCGGUCAAGGCUUUUCUCGAGCCAUCCCGCCGACGAUACAAAAGGCCGAUCUGGAAAAGGAGCAGGACAUCAAGAACUUGUUGGACGAAGCGAAGCCCCAAAUUGUCAUCCAUUGUGCCGCAAACCGUUUUCCCGACCUGUGCGACAAGAACCCCGAGCAGGCGCGUCGGGUUAACGUCGACGCCACCCGCACCCUCGCAGAAGAGACCGCGCGCCGAGGGGCCUUUUUGGUCUACAUCUCGACGGACUACGUAUUUCCUGGAAAAGAGGGAGACGCUCCCUACGCAGCCGAUGCGGAGACGAGCCCUCCGAACCUCUACGGUCAGUUCAAGCGGGAUGGCGAGGUGGCCGUGCUGGAGGCCACCAAGGAGACUGGGCUAGGAGUUGUGCUUCGGGUGCCUGUGCUGUACGGCACUGCCAAGGAAAAUUCCGAGAGUGCUGUCAACACCUUAGUGGAUGCGGUGUACAAGGCCCAAGAUGAGAACGCGGGAGUAAACAUGGACGAUUGGGCGCAGCGCUAUCCCACCAACACCGAGGACGUCGCACGGGUGUGCCGCGACCUGGUGAUCAAGUAUGUCAAAGAGCGGCAGCGCCUGCGGGAGCUACCCAAAAUCCUGCAGUUCUCGUCCGAGGACCGGAUGACCAAGUAUGAGAUUUGCGAGAAGCUGGCAGACGUGCUCGGACUGUCCCUGGUAGGGAUGGUCCGCAACAAGCAAGGGAAUGACCCGAACGCGAGCGUCCAGCGGCCCUACGACACGCACCUUUCGACCCAGGCAUUGAAGGACCUCGGAAUUGAUGUCCGGACGGUCGACUUUGUAUCGUGGUGGCGGAAACACUUGGGCGCAUACAAACAUUGAAAUGGUCGACGGGGCAAUUGGGUAAUGGACAGAUGACCUUGUAGAUUAUGGCAUGCGAAAAGUUUGUCCUGCAGAGAUUGUUUAGUCCGGAGAUGGCCAUAAUGCUUGUCUCUGAAAGCAGCAAUGAAACAGGCGAUGAUAAUUUCGGAAGGGUUGGGUUUCAGCUAGGGUGUGGCUGUUGGAUAGUCCAUGGCCGUGGCAUGUAGAUCCCCGGGAUGAGAUGUGGCGAGUUCCUGGCAACCAGAGGGAGGGUCCUGCAAAGUCUAAUAUUUAUAGAUCAUCUCGAUCAAUAAUGAAUGAAUGCCGGCG